AUGCGGAGACUCCGGGCGCUCCGAGGUCUCUUCGCUUGUGGAGGCUGCUGGUCCCGGCCUCCCGUUCGGGAGGAUGGAGGCAGGGCGGCAGAGUCCGUCCCUGCAGCCGUCCCCACCUUUGCUGGGCGAGUGGCUUCUCUGUCAAACCGCCUGCAAGAGGAGGAGGGCGACAGAGCGGAGGUCUACCGAGAGCUGGAGAGAGUCCUGCAGGGCGACGACGGCCGCGUGCAGAGCGCUGUCCUGGCCAGAGUGAUCGCAGCGGCCUCGAGGGACAUGAGAGCGGCGCAGGGCGUGACGGAGCAGGUGCGGACGGCCGCCAGCGACGUCCUGGUGGCUCUGGCCCGCUGCCACUUCGACAGCGUCAUGUGCGAGCUGCAGUGCCGCCUGAGGGCCCUGGGAGAGAUCUCCGAGGACCUCGUGUUCGUCACCUUGGGCAAGCUGGCCAGCAGCUACGCCCUGCGGUGCGUCCCCUUCGUGGGCAUGACGCUCUUCGCCCUGCGCACGAUGCUGAGCCAGGUGGGGAGCAGCCGGACCCUGCGCGCCGUCUGCAGCGUCCUGGAGCAGUGGUCGAAGGCCGUGAACAGCUACCUGGGCGCCUGGGAGCAGUGCAGCUUCCCGCGCGUGGGGCAGGCCCAGCUCUGCAGCAGCAUUUCCCCGCUCUUCGGCCACGCGGUGGGGAGCUGGCUGGGCUGCGAGGAGGAGGAGGCCAAGCAGGCCGUCCUGGGGGCGAUGGCUGCCAUGAUGGGCCUCCUCGUGCGCGAGGAAGAGCACCGCGAGCGCGUGUGGGAGCAGCUCCCCUGGCUCCUGGGCCAGUACCAGCAGGUCCAGGACUCUUUCCGGGUGACCAAGGCUCUGAGUUAUUUCCUGGCGGUUUUGGGGGAAGUGCAGAUCCCCAUCCCCCAGGACGAGGUUGAGGCCAUCGGCACCGCUGUGCACUGCCAGCCCGAGUUUGCCCUGAGGACACGGUGGCCUUUCUGCGCUCGCAGCUGGGGAGUCGGAGCGAGGCCGCUCGCGUGGUGUCCUUGGAUCUGCUCGGAGCCCUGGUGCGCCCCACAGCAGAGAGAGGCCAGAGCCUGCCCCUGCUCGUGCAGGCGGUGCGCUGCGCGCUGGGAGACCCCAGCAGGAAGGUGGCGAGGGCAGCGCUGCGCUUCACCAAGGAGCUGCUGGGCUGCAGCGUCCAGAGCUGCUCGGCCUGGGACCUGGUGGCCCACGUCUUCGCCACGUUCAGCCAGGCCUCCGGCAGACUGGCGCAGGGAAAGCUGUCUGAGGCAGAAGCGCAGGAAGCAGCAGAUCUUCAAGCCCUGUGCUUGGACAUCCUGCGCUCCCUGGACGUCUCCGUCCGGGGGACUCCUGUGGCUGCGGCUGCUGCAGUACGUGGUGCCAGCCCAGUACACCGGCACGUUGGUGCCGCUCUGCCGGUGCCUGCGAGAGCUGGCCGAGAGCCGGGGGAGAGCAGGGGGCGAGGACGGAGAGGAGGAGCCCAACGUCGCGGCCUCCCGGCAGCGAGCCAAGCUGCCGAGGCCGCAGGCCCUGCUGGCUCGCCUGCUGGUGGUGGCGGCGGCUCCUCACGCCGGCGGCGGCUGCGGCGUCGCUGCCCUGCGGCUGCUGCGGGCCCUGUCCGCAGAGAUCCACGGCGCCCUGGGGAUGGUGUGGGCCGUGAAGAUCCCCUUCCUGCUGCAGUGCCUGGAAGGGCAAAGCGAGAGCUGCCUGGACUCUGCCGAGUGGGAGCAGCUCCUGCUCAAGUUCCUGAGGACGUCGCUGGAGACGAUCGAGAGCCAGGCCUGGACCGUGGGCCUGAGCUUGGAGCUGAGCCAGCAGACGGGCAGCUACCCCCGGCCGUCCCGGGAGCAGGCCUUCCUGUAUAAAGCUGUCGGGGUGUCCCUGGCAGCGUGUCGGCACGUCCCCUACGUCCGCGGGGAAAUGAAGAAGUAUCUGUUAAGGAUGAAUUACUUGGAGGUGUCUGAGAGAGAGGCGAUGAUUUCGGUUGUGGCCGGCUCUGCCGAGAGCCACUUCCACCUUGCCUUGGAGGUGCUGCAGGAGUUUGGGGCGUCCAUGGAGGAAAGACCAGUGUCCGGGGCUUUCAAACGCCUGAAGGAAUACCACCAGGGGAAGAGAGCGGGGAGGCACGCGGCCCUCGUGCUGGCCUACGGCCGGAUCGCGCUCCGCGCCCCGCCGGAGCAGCUCCUGGCCCGCGUGGAGAGCGACGUCGUGGGGCGCAUCCUGCGGCACUACCGCGCCAGCUGCCAGGUGCUGGGCUUCUCCUUCUCCACCAAGGACGUGCAGCUCAAGCUGGCGCUGAUCCGGAGCGUCGCCGAGGUCAGCCGGGCCGUGCGGGUGGCGGGGGGCUCCCGCGGCGUGGAGCUCUGCCGCAAACGGGAGCUGCUGGACACCUUGCUGGGCUUCGUGCAGGGGGAGCCCCGGGAUCGCCUGGCGUCCCCCGUGCGCCGGGAGGCGUUUGUGGCCGUGGGGCACUUGAGCAAACUGAAGCCAUCGCUGAGCCGGGAGGAAAACCGCGACCUCCUGGAUCAGUGUGUGGGGAGCGUGAUGCCCCUGCCUGCCCUGGAGCCGGCGGAAGAGGAGGGGGCGACGGCGGCGGACGCCGGGCACGUGCAGGGUCUGCACGCGCGGACCAUGGGGGCUCUGGGCGAGCUGCUGACGGCCCUGCUGGAGGAAGACCUCAGCUCGGACUGGCUCGCGGAGAUGCUGCAUGUGCUGGAGUACUGGCUCACCUCGGCCAAGGAGUGGGAGCGGGAGAGGGCCCUGCAGGCCUGCGCCCAGCUGCUGGGCGCUUUCGAGGAGCGAUUCGAGCUCACGGGAGAAACCUCUUUCGGGCCCUUUGGCUCCAUGGUGGGACUGCUGGCGCCUUUCACCUGCGACUCGCUGGCCACGUCCCGCCAGCGGGCAGGGGCCUGCCUCGGCCACCUCCUCCGCAUACAAGGCAGGACGCUGGAGACGGGGGCCGAGGAGGACGAGGUGCAGCCCUUGUGCCAGCGGCUGAGCGCCCCAGACGCCGAGGCUCUGCGCCAGGCUUCCUCCAGACUCAGAAAGAUCGUCUGCAAACACAUCCCGCCAGCGCAGGCCACGGACUUCCUCUCUGCCGCCCUGGACGGGAUGCUGUCGGCCCAGUCCGCGUGUGCUCAGGCAGCGGGCGAGUGGCUGCUCACCUUCCUGGAGACGUGCGGGGGGCAGCUGUUCACGGAGGUGCCAGAAAUCCUGAGCAUCAUCUACGUCCGGAUGCCGACCAUGCAGCAGGACACCCUCCGGCACUUCCUCCUGGAGGCCGUGUCCCUGCUCGCCCUCUACCACCCCGGGGCCGUCAUCGACAGCCUGCUGCAGAAGCAGCUGCCCAUGGACAGUGACACCGAGGAGCUGUGGAGGGUCCUGGGGGGAAAAUUCUUUGUGGACCACUUCCUGCGGGUCUUGAUGGAAAAACUGAAGAACUCGGGAAGCGACCAGCCCAGGACCAGCUCUGCCAAGCCCGAGGCAGAGGAGGAGGAGGCUGCGCUGGAGCCUCUCAAGAUGACCCGGGCCAUCUCUGUGGUGGUGUCAGCGCUGCAGAGCCCGGAGGCUGUGCUGCGCCUGCUCCCGGAGCUGCUGCCGGUGCUGCUGAAGCAGAUCAGCGCCACAGUGGGCAAGGAGAUGCCGUCUUCCGCACUCAUCACCCGGGGAAAGCUGUUCCUGAAGGGCCACGCGAGCGACGACAAUCCUUGCAGGCUUUCCCUGGAGACCCUGGAGGCGGUGCUGCGCACGUGCCUCGACGGGAAGUGGCUGCGGCUGCUGCGGCAGCAGGGCGCCUGGGCUGCCCUGGAAGACCCCCGGGCUCACCACGACGGCGUCUGCCUGCUGACCGGGGUGCUGCUCCGCGCCGGGACCGUCUCGCUGCCCCUGGUGCUGGUGCUGACCCGGUGGCUGGACGCCCCCUCGGCCAACCUGCGGGUCACGGCCGCGGCUUUCUGUGCGGAGCUGAUGAAGGAGCCGGCGCUGCGGGAGUGGAGGUGCCUCCAGCCCAUCGCGAGGGCCUUGCUGGAGAAGCUGCGGGACUCGAGCAGCACCGUGCGGCAGAUGGCAGCGCGCGGCCUGGGCAACCUGGUCAGCGGGGCGCCGGAGAAGCUGCGAAAGCACAAGGGAGCGGUGCUGGAGGCGCUGCGGAGGGGCCUGGAGGACGCGGCCGCGGCGGAGGUGGUGGCAGAGAGCCUGCUGGCGCUGGCGAAGGUGGUGACGGAGCUGAAGGGGAAGGCUGUGGGCUCCGCCUUCAGGGACAUCGCCAGGGCCACCAAGGGGUUCUUCGAUGCUGAGCAGGCGUCGCUGCGCUCGGCGGCCUUCACCCUGUACGGGGUGCUGGCCGCCUCUGCCACGAGCAGGUGGAGGGCUUUCUUCACGGAGGAGCUGGGCAGCACGUGGGCCACCCUCGUCCUGCACCUCCGGGACCCCGACCCGGGCGCCUCCAUGGCGUGCCAGGGCGCCCUGCGGCUGUGCGCCCCGUUUCUGGGGCUGCGGAGGGUGCGGCAGGGCCUCGCCGUCACCACCCGGCUGAGCGCGGCCGAGCUGCUGGGCGACGUCUGCAGCCAGCUGGCCCAGGAGAGCCCCGAGCACCAGGAGAUGCUGUACGUCGCCGCCCGGCGCCGCUUCCUGGGGAGCUGCGGGGAGCUGCAGGCUGCGGCCCUCGACGUCGCCGGGGUCCUCGUGGAGCACGCGGGCCUCGAGUGGCUGACGCGGGAGGAAGCGAUGCCGCUCUCAGCAACUCUGCGGGUGCUGCGGAGCGACGGGGACCCGCGGGUGCAGCAGGCGGCCGCUCGGCUCCUCCGGGACGCCGGCCUCGAGCAGCCCCCGCGGCGGCGCUGAAAUAAACCUCGCCGGGAACCUGCCGCAGCAGCGGGGUGUUUCUGCGCCGGGGCCCGGGAGCCGCUUCGCCCCCCGCCGCCCCCGUUGGCCGCCGGGUCCCCGGGGCUCCGGCCGGGGCCGCUGUCCCGGGGCUGAAGGGGGCGGGGCCAGAGC